AUGAUCUCCACAUGGGUGCUCUUACUGGCAGCAGGGGCUGUCGUCGGAGUUUUCCAGUGUUGGUCGCCCGCUUUACCCACGCAGCUUCAAGGAGUGUUGCCGGAAACCGUGCUCAAGUGGUUUGCCGUGAUCACCUCCUUGGCCUCGGUAAUUGGAAACUUUACUGCCCCGCAGCUCAUUGAAAUGUUGCACUUGCAGACUCGCCUGAAGAUGGUCCUGGGGAUCACCUUGUGCUUACAGCUGGUGGCCUAUGCACUCUUUGCAGUGCUUCUUCCGGAUAGCCCGCUGCCUCUAAUGAAGGGCUCGACUGGGACGCUGAUGGCAUGCGUGGUGCUGGCUAGCAUCGCUGAAGGUGCCAUGGCACCCAUCGUCUACGAGCUGAGCGCCGAGCUGACUUAUCCGAUGUCACAGGUGGUCCCUUCAGCUUACGAUUCGAUGAUGAUGGUGGCCGUCAGUGCUGUGGCACUGAUUGGGCUCCAGCUUGUCAUCGCAGAGUAUCCCCGAAGGGAGCUGGACGACGGCGCCUGUGGCACCGGGCUCCUCC